UUACAUUAAACUCUCGUGCUCUUAUUUUUAGUUUCUAAUGAUUCUCAAACGACUGAUUCUGAAGCUACUAGUUCUCCGAUAAAAAAAACCCCUACCAUUUUAUAUUGAUAUCAAUAUUAUUGUGACUUCAAAGAAUAAAAACAUUAAUACAGAAUUUGUGAUCUAAAUUAUGGACCCAAUGAAUCCAAAAGGCUCCACAAGCAGUAAUGUUCCGAAAAGAGUUGAUGCCUCGUUUGACUUGGACAAAACUUUGCAUGAGAGAAAAAGUAAGGAAAAUUAUUCUAAAUCGGGGAAAAAAAGCUUUUCUGGCAUUGACAGGCACGUUUUCAAUCCCGAGGUGUCUAAAAAGGAAAGAGAAAAUCCUGUUUUGCUUUUCGGGCGUAUCCUAAAAGCAAUAUACAGCCUGCGUCUUGAGCAAAAAGAGCUUAGGAAACAGAUUACACGUCUGGGGACUGAAAAGCCAAAUUCCUCAUAUUCGAUGGGAUGUCUAACCGAAGACUUGGCCGAAAAAUAUAAUCUACAGCUUCCAGUAAAGACAUCACAGGCAUUCUAAACCAUGGACAAUAUGAUCCUUAACGACAAAACAUUCCGUAAAGAAUUUAAGGAUGCUUUGUUGCAGCUUCCCGACAGGGAGAAUCUUUCAAAAUCUUUGAAAAAUAUUCUGCGGAAAUAUAUUGCCCGAGAUGUAAUUUUAGGAUAUACAGCU